UAAGAGGGCUGGUCAAUUAUUAUCGAAACAGUGCUGUGCAGUGCGUUAACUGUCAGUCGGUUGCUCAGACGAAUGUUCUCGAACACUGUGUGACUAACAGAGCAAUCAUUCUCAUUUUGUGCCCAACAUUUCGGUUGAAAAUCGCAUUUUCUGUUUGAAAAAGGAUUGCGAGCAGUGACCGCGGCUUCAUUAAUUACGUCUAACCCAAGCAUCAACAAUAAAAUGUCGGCAACAAGUUCGAUUCCGCCACCAGUUUCGUGGGCUCAGCGCACCGACUUAAUCUAUGUUAUCAUCGAUGUGGAAUGCAAGGAUAUUGAACACAAAGUGACGGACAAUAGCUUCACUUUCAAGGGCGUAAACGCGCUGGAUGCGGCCAAGAAAUACGAAGUCACAUUGAACUUUUAUGGAGCGGUUGACCCGGAGAAAGUGACAAACAAGAAUAUCGGUCGUUGCCUGGAAUUCACAAUACCCAAGAAGGAAAGCGGUCCCUACUGGCCCACUCUGACCACGGAUAAGACCAAAUUGCAUUUCCUGAAAGCCAAUUUCGCUAAGUGGCGCGAUGAGUCUGACGAUGAGGAAGCCGAUACCAAGGACAAUGGCAUGUUCGGCAACUUCUCCAACGUUGGAGGAGAUUGGAACAACAAGUUCGAUGAUUUCAAUCUCGACGAAGAUGACGACUCUGAUGAUAAUAUACCAAGUCUGUCGCAAAAUGAUGAGGACGAGGAAGAGGGCGGGGAGGGUGACAAGGAGCCAAAGAAGCCAGCUGCUUAAGUAGCUAGCUAAUUCGGGCAUUUUUUGGAGUACUAGAUUCGUAGCGUUAGCCGAGGCCCUUAUAACGUUAAGUCACACACAUACACCCACACAAACACACGUAAUCACACUCACUGAAAUCACGCACUCAUGCGUUCAUUAACACUAUUCCACAACACUGAUUAACUUGAGCAGCAAAUGCGAUCUGUUAGCAACAAAAAAAAAAGAAAGAAAAGGAACAAGAGUUACAAACAUCAAAUUUACGCUGGAUUUUCGCCACAACAGCAACUGGACAAAGCUACAACCAAUUCAUUGCGAAGUUUCAUUUGCAAUUUAUUAAUUUUUUGUUUCCUGUAAAUAAAGGAAAUUAAAAUAAAAAAAACCGAAAAAUAAAA